AUGAAUUCUUCUGAUAAAGAAUUUUUUGCCAGAUUUGUUGCAAAAGAAAUGAUACGAGACAUAGCUAGAGAAGAAGAAAGAGGCGGCGCAUUUGAACCAUUACAAUUCCACAAGAUUUAUAUUCAUCGAUAUGAAAAUGUAUCAAUAUUAUUUGCCGAUAUCAAAGGAUUUACAGAAUUAGCAAGUAGAUGCAGUCCGCAAGAGCUUGUAAGAAUUCUAAAUGAUUUAUUUGCAAGAUUUGAUAAAUUGGCUACAGUAAGAAAUCAUUGUCUUCGUAUAAAACUACUAGGAGAUUGUUAUUAUUGUGUUGGUCUUCCAACGGCCCGAGGCGAUCACGCUGUAUGCUGCGUCGAAAUGGGUCUUCAUAUGAUUAAAGCCAUCAGGGAUGUCAGGCAUCGAACCCAGAUGGCCACCCAAUAA